AGAGGCGCUGUUCUCUGUUUAUAUUCCCAAUGACAACCUGUCCAACAUGGCCUCACAGGGACAGGAGACCUAGCAAAACUCACAGCUCACAUGACAGAUAUACCUGCAUAGUGGGGUCAUUUUUAUAGUUUAUAGUGAGCUCCUGGAUCGCGAUGUGGCCGUUAUUUACCACGGUGUGUUUAAGGAGCCGGGCAGGCUGCAGGAGCAGCGUCUCUGCUGCUGGUUUAACAUCUCUCUUCAGCCACUCAGCUCCACUUUCUGCUCCAACAUGCAGGGCUCUUCUCUACAGGAAACACGGAGACCCCUCCCGCGUCCUCCAGUUGGAGGAUGUAGACCUCCCCCCCGUGGGUGCAAAGGAUGUCCUGGUUAAGAUGCUGGCAGCUCCAAUCAACCCAUCUGACAUCAACAUGAUUCAAGGUACUUAUGCUAUCUUGCCUGACCUCCCAGCUGUUGGGGGCAAUGAGGGCGUAGCGCAGGUGGUAGAGGUGGGUUGCCAGGUGAAAUCCCUCAAAACUGGAGACUGGGUCAUUCCAAAAGAUGCUGGUCUCGGGACGUGGAGGACGGAGGCGGUGUUAGCGGAGGAUGAUGUCAUCUCGCUGCCCAGUGACCUCCCCCUGCUGUCUGCUGCCACCCUGGGAGUCAACCCCUGCACCGCCUUCAGGAUGCUGUCUGACUUUGAAGAUCUCAAGCCAGGUGAUUCUGUGAUCCAAAACGCAGCCAACAGUGGAGUCGGGCAGGCCGUAAUACAGAUUGCUGCUGCAAGGGGAAUAAACACCAUCAACGUCAUCAGAGACAGGCCAGAGUUCAGCCAGCUCAGUGAUAGGCUGAAGGCCAUGGGAGCUACUCAUGUGAUCAAAGAGGAGGCACUGAGGCGGCCGGAGAUGAAGGAACUGUUCAAGACCUGUCCAAAGGCUAAACUGGCUCUGAAUGGAGUCGGAGGCAAGAGUGCAACAGAACUGCUGCGUCAUCUACAGUUUGGAGGAUCUAUGGUGACGUAUGGAGGGAUGGCCAAACAGCCAGUUACCGUCCCUGUGAGUGCUCUUAUUUUUAAGGAUGUGAAGGUUCGGGGAUUUUGGGUCACACAGUGGAAGAGAGAUCACUCCAACGAUGAGAAGAGGUUCAGGGCCAUGCUGGACGAACUGUGCCGCCUCAUCCAGCAGGGACAGCUGACGGCUCCGGCCUGCUCCCAGGUCGGUCUCCAUGACUACAGCAGAGCUCUGGAGGCAGCCAUGCAGCCUUUCACCUCCGCUAAACAGCUGCUCAUCAUGUGAACGGACUCAAACCAGCACUACAGUCUCAUCCCAGGACAUCGUUGUGGAUUUGUCAAUCAAAUGCAAUGCUCAAUAAAUGUUCCUUAACACCAGG